AUGUUCAAAAAAUCGAGUCGUGCAAAAAACAUUCGCCGCAAGAUUGAAACGAGUGACAAUGAAGAAGAACAAAAUGCUGAAAUUGUAACGACUACCGUUAUCAACCGAACCAAGCUCGAAAAGAAAAAGAAGAAAAAAGAGCCCAAGCAAUCACUCGGUUUAAGUUUCGAUCAGGAGGAAGGCGACACGGACACAUUUACAGUCAAAAAAAGCAAAGCUAGCCUACGUCUUGCAGCAGCACGCAAAUCAGCGUCAGAAUCUACUACAAUAACGGAGCAGACGACAACGACGUCGUCAGCUUAUACAAAUGAAUUACUCGAAGCAUUACGUAAAGACACACCCAGUACACCAGCAGCACUGAAAGGCACAUCGCUUACUGAAAAUCAACUUGCGAACGAUGACGAUUCGUUGCUUGCUGAAAAGUUUCCAUCGCUUUUGAAGAGUGAUGCGGGUGGAAGUAUACCCGACGCACGUGCGAUCCAUGCUGCAAAAAAGAAGCGCGAACAAAUGCGUAAAGGUUAUGUGGAUCCUGUGGAGGAGGACUUUGUGGCGUUGGAUGAUAAAGGCGGCUCAAGACUUGUACGCGAAGAAGACGAAGUUGGUGAUGACGGAGAAGGAGAAUACGAGGCAUAUGUUGGUGAACGGUUAACGCUGAACAAAAAGGCUGCACGAAAACAGGAGCAAGAGCGAAGAGCAGGCGUGCGAGAAAUGAUCGAAGAAGCACAAGAUGAUGAUGAGGAUGAACAAGAUAUUGAGCGAUGGGAAAGCGAGCUGAUUCGACACGGCGGUGUUAAGCCGCAGCGACGGAAAGAACCAGAAAGAGAUCCUUAUGCCCCACCACCGGGAUACCGACCAGCAGAAGUGCCCAUCGAAUCGCCUAUCAUGUCCCUGGAUAAGGCGAUCGAGAAUCUGAAUGGAACGGCCUCUGGAAUCACCAACUCAGUGAAGGAUUACGAGACACAAUUGGAACAAAUGCAAAAGAACAUGGAAAUGUUGUCAACAGGCGAAGCAGAUUUGGAAAAAGAAAUUGUACGGGGCAGCGAGCGAUAUGAUUAUUUCCAAGGAUUAGCAAGCUACGUCAAUGAUCUGGGUGAAUUUUUAGAUGCCAAGUUUCCUGAGUUGGAAGCUUUAGAAAAACAAGCACACGAUAUUAUCGCCACAAAGCACGAUGUAGUAACAAAACGGAGGUGGCAGGAUGAUAUGGACGAUUUACGAGAAUUUGCAAAAGUACCUGAACAGCCUUCUGAGGCCGAGGCGGAAGCGGAAGAAGAGGAGCAACAACAACAAUCUGAAGUCGAUGAAUUUGGACGUGUCCGUGAUCUCCGUGAUUCUGCAAGUGCACAACAACGGCGAAGGAUCGAACGACAGCAACGGAUAGCACAACACGAGGACCUGAUCAGUAUACAACAACAAGGGUUAUGGUCCGAUGAUGAGUUGGCAGAAGAUUGGGAAGCUCGAAGAGACCAAAAAUUGGAUGUCAUCCAAAAUGACAACAUCCCGGCAAUUUUGGAAGAUGUCAGCGACGAGUUUGGAUCUAUUGAAAUGAUCAAGAGCAAGUUCGAAGCGUGGAAAACCAAUUUCUACGAGGACUAUACAAAAGCCUUUGGCAGCUUGAGUCUACCGGGUGCCUUUGAAUUCUAUGUGCGGUGUGAGCUUGCGACAUGGAAUCCGUUUACGGAACCGGUAGAUUUUGAUACGAUGCGUUGGCACUCAGUCUUGUCCCAGUACGGCAUUACCGACGAACACGAGGAUGCGGAUACCGAACUGCUAAACAAGGUCGUUGAAAAAGUGUUGAUCAAGAAAAUCAAGAGUUUGCUGGACACACUCAAUGUGGCUUCGAUGAAGGAAAUGCGAUAUGCUGCACAGGCUGUAGAACAAGUAUCGUAUUAUGUCGAAAAGCAUGAACGACCAUUUAUGGAUCUGAUGAGUGCCAUAGAGUCUGCGAUCGACAAACAAUUAAAGCCCUAUGCCGAUCUUAUUGAUACCAUCACAGUAAUAGAACCCAACAGUGAAGCAAAGGAGCGUGUUGUAUGGCGAUUAUGCAAGUACUUGAAAACGCUACACGUCUGGCGGCGAUAUCUACCCAAAGAUACCUUGAAAUCACUGGGCACUGUAGUAAUGAAUCGAAUGGUUGCACCGUUAUUACGACCUGACAAUGGUAACGACGGCGAAUUGCAAAGAGAGGCGUUACAACUGCUUGCUCGACUUGAAUAA